GGACACAUUUACCUAUUUUAUGCGAGGAAGGAUCAUGGCGUUAAUCAAGAAUGCCUGGUUGGGCCCUCUAGAAAACCCCAAAUACCUCAAACCCUACGCUCUGAAGUUCAAUAUGAACGGAAUAGAAAAAACUUGGGAACUUGCCAAAACAUUCGACAGCGUGGCAGUUAUGAUCUAUAAUACUGAGAGAAAGGUGUUUGUAAUGGUACGACAGUUCCGACCGGCAGUGUUCUGUAAGAGUGAAGCAGCCAAGUCAGUACCCUGGAAUCCUGAGACCCCGCCUACUAACGAGUACUCUACAGAUCCGGGUAAAACUUGGGAGCUCUGUGCUGGGAUCAUAGAUCGGGAUGACAGUCCUGAGGAAAUAGCUGUAGCUGAAGUUUACGAGGAAACGGGGUACAAAGUUUCAAUAACAGAUCUAGUAAAGAUAAGUAAAGUUGUAAACGGUGUUGGUACUAGUGGCGCUUUCCAACACAUGUACUACACGGAGGUUGUGGAUACUGACCGUGUUUCUGAAGGUGGUGGACUGGUAGAAGAAGGAGAAAUAGUGGAAGUAGUGGAAAUACCAAGAGAUGGGAUCGAAUCUUUCGCUUUUGAUGAAACAAAACCAAAACCUCCUGGCUGUAUGUUGGCCUGCAUGUGGUGGCUUAACAACCACAGUCAUUUGAACAAGUGAUUAACAGACACUUUAGAUUUGAAAGUAGAGUUUUUCGAAGAUUAUUUAUAACAUUUUCAGUGCUAGUUAAGUUACGUUUUGUUAUCUUUUUUAAACGAUAUUUUUAGCUUCAGACUUUUUCUAAGGCCGCAUAUUUGUCGUGCCGUGACCCGUGCAAUGUGCAUGAUGUCAAAUAUGCAAAUAUGCAAAUAUUAUGCAAAUAUGCGGGACAUCCAUUGAUUUAUUUAGUGAAGUUUGAUACUUCCGUUUUAAUGUUUGUAAGGCUAAACUUUAUAUCAGAUGCUAUUACUGGACAUGAGUUAUUUGAAAGGAUUUUACAUACAAAAUAAAAUGUAUUCUUUGUGGAUUAUCUUAACUAGCAGGAACCCGUCUAACUCUAAAGUGGUGUCACUCGAUACGCCAUAUUAAGGAAUUGAGUAUAUGCCUUAACAUUAUGUUAAGGCCGUAUAGUUAUAGUUAUAGUCUGAGCACGGCCGCGGCAGUACUGUAGUAUAAAUGUAGUCAGAUUACUACAUUUAAACUAACGCGUCAUUACCAAUAGUUUAUCUGCUUGGAUUUACAGGAACCAGAAGAAAAUAUAAAGUCAGAAAUAAGAUUUUAUCACAUGUGAACAUGAUAAAUAGAUUGAUUCCGGUUAUAAUGUAACAUACUGCUUUAUAUUAAAACAUUACAAAAUUAUUGGUAGUUUGUAUAAACCGUAAAAAGAUUAUUUGAAGCUAAAAACUUGUCAAUAAAUCAUGAAAUAUUAUGAUGA